AAGAGAGAGAGAGAGAGACACAGUGAGAGAGAAACACAUUGAGAGAGAGAGGAAGCUCAGACAACGAGCGGCGGAGGAAAUAACGGACCUGCUUCCUCGGUGGAUUUCUCUCUUCUCAUCCUUACCGACGUGGAGAACCAACCCGAGGAAUAGUGGCGUUUAUUCAAACGAAGAAAACGAGUCUAAAACUCCGCCGAACCCAAACGUCUCAACGACAAGGUGAUUCCGUUGCAGCCCUGUCACGCCCACAGCGUCCCCUCUCGGCCCGGGCGGCCCACCACGGCCCCCUGGCCUCCUCCAUGAAGGGUUACCAGGUCAGCCGCAGCCUGUCCCAACACUCCUCUGUUGGAGGAGGGGGACACACACCGUGCAACUGUACCGAAGACUGCGACCCCGGCCCCAACUCCGUCCGAGACUACGAACACUACGACGGAGCGGGACACCCCUAUUACCCCCCCGGGGGUCCCCCAGAGCAUCGUUUCCUCUCCUCCCAUUCUGGAGGGGGGACGUUCCCCCGCUCCCACCUGAACCAUCACCCCGCGCCUCAUCAGUAUGACUCAUGCGAGGAGUGUCUGUCCACGGUGGGGGGUCACGUGGCUAAGAUGCACAGCCUGGAUCAGUUUGAGAAGCAGCUUCCUUUUCCUCCUGACGGGUUCCACACCCUGCAGUACCAGAGGAGCGCCAGCGGGGCUGAGCAGCGCAGCGAGAGCCCCUCCCGUAUCCGCCACCUGGUUCACUCAGUCCAGAGACUCUUCGCCAAGUCCCACUCCCUCGAGGCGCCGACGAAGAGGGAAUACAAUGGUACACGAGGAGGAGGGGAUAACCGGGAAAGAGGAGGAGGAGGAGGAGGAGGACAAAGGAGCGGAGGAGAGGAGGGGAUUGGGCAUCAUUAUUCGGGCCACCAGUCCCGCUCGGUGAAGCGCAGCAAGUCUCGCGAGCGCUCCAAGAGCGGGGAUGGGCGCCACGAGUCGUCCGGCCGACGCCACCGGAACCGAACUGCCGGGUGGUGGAGCUCCGACGACAACCUAGACAGUGACAGCAGCUUUCUGGUAACCACGGGCAACACCGGUCCAAGCGGUCGAGGUGGCGGGCGAGGCGGUUACACCACGGGCCACGAGAGUCUGGACGCUGCUAUCCAGGAGCUGACCAUGAAGAAACUGCCCAAGCAGGGGAGUGUACCACCGGGCCCCGGGCCGGGGGAGUGCAUGGCCUGUACCACUCUGGCCCUGGCAGGGGGGGAGGGUGGCGGAGGGGGAGGGUACCAUGGAGGGCCAGGGCAACACUCUCUGAAGAGGAGCACGUGGUCGGCCAUGACGGUCAGCCAGGCUAGAGAGGUGUACCCAUCGUCUGUCCGAGGAGGAGGAGGAGGAGGAGGAGGAGGCUUUGACAAGGCAUUGGUACCUCUGGAGGAGAAACUGAAGGAGAGGACCUUUCACUACCUACAGGUCCCAUCAGACGGGGUGGAGUGGGGUGGGCUCGGGGGCUACCCAGCCGGAGGAGGGGAGAUCCCCUGCAGGCGCAUGCGGAGCGGCAGCUACGUCAAGGCCAUGGGAGACGAUGAUAGUCAGGACUCUGACGCCAGUCCUAAAUCCUCUCCUAAAACCACCAUUAUCGCCCAGAGAGAGGCCUUCAGACGUUCUGUCAGCAUGGACCACAGAUACUCGUGUAAGCAGUGUGUAGAUGCUACGCUACCCUACGCUAACAACCCAAGCACGCCGAAGAGUCACGCACGCUCUCGGAGCUACACGCGGUCUCUGACCAGCUCACAGCUGGGUGACUCUCUGAAUCGUCAGUUUGAGGCGGUGUGUGAGACCAUGUUUGGAGAGAUAGAGAGUCAGGCGGUGGAAGCCUUGGAUCUGCCUGGCUGCUUCCGGACCCGUUCCCAUAGUUACGUCCGCGCCAUCCAGGCCGGCUGUUCCCAAGACGACGACUGCCUGUCCGUCAUCUCCAUGUCAGGACCCAGCAUCAAGGGAGGGGCCGUCAUCCCAUACCGUAAGGCUGGCCCUCCCCCUCUCCCUCCCCGUAUGUCCAAGCCAACGAUCUCUGUGAGGGCUCAGAGCAGUACAGAGUCUACCCAGGAUGCCUACUUCCAGAACACAGGCCAGCCUGCCCUGGGACGGCCCAGACAACACCAGAGCAGCUCUGUGGACAUGGGAAUCACUGAUGUUGCAGUGUCUGGUCAGACCUCCAGGGAAAGGGGUUACUACACAGGACCAGGACAAGGCCGCUCCCGCCAGCACUCCAACUCUGCCGAGAGCCUGGAUGGGGGCCCCCAGUGGGGCAGGGACCUUGUACUCUAUGGAGGAGGAGGACAGGGGCCACCCAGAGUAAAACAUAGCGGCUCCACUGAUAGUCUCCUGGAGGGGCCCAGGGGAAAAGAGAGGGAUGUGGGACGGACAGGGGGAAGUCUGGGGAAGUCUUCCUCCCUCCCACAGAACAGUAUGAUGCUGAGUAAGAUGGGAGGAGGAGGAGGAGGAGGAGGAGGAGGACAGGAGGAGAACAAGACGGAGAGAAGAGGAAGGAAUUGGAGACCAUCUAUCGCUGUACAGGUGGACAGCUCGGAGACCCUGUCAGACUCGGACCCGGAUGGCAAGGCUCUGAGAGAGGUUCACUCUAUAGGGGUGCAGGUGGAGGAGGACAAGAGACGUGCUCGGUUCAAGCGCUCCAACAGCGUAACGGCCAGUGUCCAGGCAGACAUGGAUCCAGAGGGGGGUUUUCCAGGCCUCACCUUCGCUGUUCCUACCCAGGAUAAGAGCCUCCAGUUCGGCUGCUCCUUCCAGAGACACUCCUCAGAGCCAGAGUCAGCCGACCAGUACGCAGAGUAUCACCGAACGGUUCACACCCAGGGCCAGUGGGCCUACAGAGAGGACUACGUCCAGGAUGGUUACGCUACAGACCACCACCCCCACCAGAUCCCCCCCUUACCCCCACGGGCCCACUCCCCUUUGCCCCUCGCAGCCGACCGAGGUGGCUGGAUAGGCACACCCCAGCCCUCACUGGAGGGGGGCCUCCGUAGUCUACCUGACUCUGGUCGCGCCUCGCCCUGUCUGAGAGACGGAGAGUUCUUCCUACGCCUCCUUCAGACGGAGGUGGAGAGGAUGGAGGGAUGGUGUCAGAACAUAGAGAGAGAGACGGAGGAGAACGAGCUGCCGGAGGAGAUUCUGGAGCUGAUCCGUAAUGCGGUGGGCAGUGCCCAGAUGCUCAUGUCUCAGAAGGUGCAGCAGUUCUUCCGUCUGUGCCAGCAAAGCGUGGACCCGUCAGCGUACCCCCAGCCCACCUCUCAGGACCUGUCUGGGCUCUGGGACCUGCUCCAGCUCAACGUGGAAGACGUCAAGGUCAAGUUCCAGCACCUCCAGAGGCUCAAGGACUCCGGCUGGAGGCUUCCCCCAGACAAGAAAGACGACAAGAAGCUUCCUCCCCCACUACCAAAGAAGCCAGCAGGGGGAGUGAGCGGCAGCCUCCGUGCCGACAGCGUCAGCGACCCCUCAGUGGAACGAGGGGUAGGAGGAGGCGGAGGAGUGCUGGUGAUGGCCCGUAGCGGGGGUGUGGGACGGGCCGUGCCUGUCCGGGAGAAGUCCUUAGACCUGGGGGACAGACAGAGGACUGAAGCACGCAGGAGACUGCUCCAGACCAAGAGGUCAGCUUCCUUCAGACAGAACUCGGCCACGGAGAGCGCGGACAGCAUCGAGAUUUACAUCCCAGAGGCUCAGACCCGGCUCUGAACACGGAGAUACAGCCCUUUUAUCCCAGUGAACAGAACCAACUCAGACCCGGCUCUGAACACGGAGAUACAGCCCUUUAUCCCAGUGAACAGAACCGACUCAGACCCGGCUCUGAACACGGAGAUACAGCCCUUUUAUCCCAGUGAACAGAACCGACUCGGACCCGGCUCUGAACACGGAGAUACAGCCCUUUUAUCCCAGUGAACAGAACCGACUCAGACCCGGCUCUGAACACGGAGAUACAGCCCUUUUAUCCCAGUGAACAGAACCGACUCAGACCCGGCUCUGAACACGGAGAUACAGCCCUUUUAUCCCAGUGAACAGAACCGACUCGAACCCGGCUCUGAACACGGAGAUACAGUCCUUUUAUCCCAGUGAACAGAACCGACUCGGACCCGGUUCCUGGGACAGCCUAACUAUAGAGAUAGAGACCCUUAUUUGAGAACUUUAGAACAACCACAAUGUUGGAGAUUUACAUCCCGAGAUUUACAUCCCGAGAUUUACAUCCCGAGAUUUACAUCCCGAGGCUCAGACACUGAACAUGGACAUAUAAGGAAAACCCGUAUCAGACUUCUAUCCUACCCUACAAGAACUUGAGAUCUACAGAUCUGACUCAGAACACUGGGACCGUCUAAACGUGGCCAUAUAACCUCCUGUCUGACCACUAGACUACCCUAGAUCAACAACAACCCCCCCCCCAA